AUUAAGUUGUAUACAAAACAUGGUACUUUGAAAUACCAGACAGACUGCGCUCCCAACAAUGGGUAUUUCAUGAUUCCCCUCUAUGAUAAGGGGGAUUUCAUUCUUAAGAUUGAGCCUCCCCUAGGGUGGAGUUUCGAACCAACCAGUGUAGAUAUCCAUGUGGAUGGCAUUAAUGAUAUUUGCACAAAGGGAGGUGACAUUAACUUUGUGUUCACGGGGUUUUCUGUGAAUGGAAAGGUUCUCAGCAAGGGUCAGACAUUAGGUCCUGCUGGAGUCCAGGUUGUACUGAGAAAUGCUGGCAGUGACGUAAACAUACAAGCAACUAUUACGCAGCCUGGAGGAAAGUUUGCUUUCUUUAAAGUGCUUCCCGGUGAAUAUGAAAUCUUUGCAUCUCAUCCUACCUGGAUGCUGAAAGAGUCAAACACAGUGGUGCGGGUGACGAGUUCUAAUGCUUAUGCUGCUAGCCCUCUGAUUGUUGCUGGUUACAAUGUUUCCGGGUCAGUCAGGAGUGAUGGAGAACCAAUGAAAGGGGUCAUGUUUCUGCUUUUCUCUUCUUCGGUGACUAAAGAGGAUGUUGUGGGCUGCAAUAUUUCUCCUGUGGAUGGAUUCCAGUCAAGAGAUGAGUCUCUAUCCUAUUUGUGCAAUGUUGUGUCAAAAGAAGACGGAUCUUUCAGCUUUCUUUCUCUGCCGAGUGGGAAAUACACUGUGAUACCAUUCUACAGGGGAGAAAGGAUUACCUUUGAUGUUGCUCCGUCAAGACUGGACUUCCUUGUAGAGCAUGACAGUUUACAAAUUGAGCCUGUUUUCCAUGUGAUGGGUUUCUCUGUCACAGGCAGGGUGUUGAAUGGUCCCGAAGGAGAAGGCGUUCCCGAUGCCACUGUGACUCUGAACAAUCAGAUUAAAGUAAAAACAAAAGCUGAUGGCUCUUUCCGCCUUGAGAACAUAACAACAGGUACAUACACAAUUCAUGCCAGGAAGGAGCACCUCUUCUUUGAUACUAUUACAGUGAAGAUUGCGCCAAAUACACCUCAGCUGGCAAACAUCAUAGCAACAGGAUUCAGUGUGUGUGGCCGGAUCUCAGUAACUCGUUUCCCUGACACAGUCAAACAGAUUAGUAAAUACAAGGUAACCAUGAUGCCUCAAGACAAGGACAAAGCACCACUGGUUACAACAGAAACUGACCCUCAUGGGGCAUUUUGUUUUAGAGCAAAAUCGGGUACAUACAGUGUUCAGGUAAUUAUUCCAGAGGCUGAAACCAGAGCAGGGUUGGCUUUGAAACCCAAAAUGUUCCCUGUUACGGUUACAGACAGACCAGUAAUGGACGUGACCUUCUCUCAGUUUUUGGCGUCCGUCUCAGGGAAGAUCUCUUGUUUAGAUGCUUGUGGCGAUCUGGUGGUGACGCUGCAGUCUGUGAGUCGCCAGGGGGAAAAACGCAACCUGCAGCUCUCUGGAAGCAUGGACUCUGUGGCCUUCACGUUUGAAAAUGUGCUACCUGGCAAAUACAAAGUGAGUAUUGUACAUGAAGACUGGUGCUGGAAGAAUAAGUCUUUGGAGUUGGAAGUCAUGGAGGAGGAUGUUUCGGGAGUAGAAUUCAGGCAGACUGGAUAUAUGCUGAGGUGUUCUCUUUCUCACGCAAUUACACUGGAAUUUUAUCAGGAUGGAAAUGGACCAGAGAACGUUGGUGUUUAUAACCUGUCCAAAGGAGUUAAUAGAUUCUGCCUUUCAAAGCCAGGUGUAUAUGAAGUGACCCCACGUUCCUGCCACCAGUUUGAACAUGAGUAUUACACUUAUGACACGUCCUCUCCCAGUAUACUGACGCUCACUGCGGUUCGACACCAUGUCCUUGGCACGAUUGUAACAGAUAAACUGAUGGAUGUGACUAUUACCAUUAAGUCAUCCAUUGACAGUGAACCUGCCUUAGUGUUAGGGCCCCUGAAAUCUGUACAGGAGUUACGUAGGGAGCAGCAGCUGGCAGAAAUUGAGACCCGCCGACAGGAAAGAGAGAAGAAGGGUCAAGAGGAGGAAGGAACAAAGCCACCAGUGCAAGAAAUGGUGGAGGAACUCCAAGGACCGUUCCUAUAUGAAUUUUCAUACUGGGCAAGGUCUGGAGAGAAAAUUACUGUGACACCAUCAUCGAAAGAGCUGCUUUUCUACCCGCCUUCUGUGGAAACAGUUGUUAGUGGAGAGAGCUGUCCUGGAAAGUUGAUAGAGAUUCAUGGAAAAGCAGGCUUAUUUCUGGAAGGACGAAUUCAUCCUGAAUUAGAAGGUGUUGAGAUUGUCAUUGGAGAAAAAGGAGCAACUUCUCCACUCAUCACAGUGUUCACUGAUGACAAAGGUGCUUACAGUGUUGGGCCGCUCCACAGUGACUUGGAAUAUACAGUUGCUGCUCAGAAAGAAGGAUUUGUUUUGACUGCGGUAGAAGGAACAGUUGGGGACUUCAAAGCUUUUGCUCUUGCUGGGGUGACGUUUGAGAUCAGAUCAGAGGAUGACCAGGCUCUUGCAGGAGUUCUGUUGUCCCUUAGUGGAGGGGUAUUUCGGUCUAACCUCCUUACACAGGACAAUGGCAUGCUGACUUUUUCCAAUCUGAGCCCAGGGCAGUAUUAUUUUAAACCCAUGAUGAAAGAGUUUCGCUUUGAACCAUCAUCACAAAUGAUUGAAGUGCAGGAAGGACAGAAUCUUAGAAUUCAGAUAACUGGUUACAGAACAGCUUACAGCUGUUACGGCACAGUUUCUUCGUUAAAUGGAGAGCCUGAGCAGGGCGUCUCAGUGGAAGCUGUGGGGCAGAAGGAUUGUAGCAUCUAUGGAGAAGACACAAUAACUGACGAAGAGGGCAAAUUCAGGCUACGUGGCCUUCUGCCUGGCUGUGUGUAUCAUGUCCAACUCAAAGCUGAAGGCAACGAUCACAUUGAGAGAGCUUUACCGCAGCAUCGUGCGAUUGAGGUUGGGAACAGCGACAUUGAUGAUGUUAAUAUUAUAGCGUUCCGGCAAAUUAAUCAAUUUGAUUUAAGUGGAAAUGUAAUUACAUCUUCUGAAUAUCUCUCCACAUUAUGUGUGAAGCUUUACAAAAGUGAAAAUCUCGACAACCCAAUUCAUACAGUCAACUUAGGCUUAUCCCUGUUUUUCCAUUUCCCACCACUACUCCGAGAUGGAGAGAAUUACGUGGUUCUCCUGGAUUCGACGCUGUCUAAAUCACAGUAUGACUACACCCUGCCUCAAGUCUCGUUCACUGCUCUUGGCUAUCACAAGCACAUUACACUGAUCUUCAGUCCCACUAGAAAGCUGCCUGAACAAGAUAUUGCCCAAGGAUCUUACAUCGCGUUACCGCUGACACUGCUUCUGUUGUUGGCUGGUUACAACCACGAUAAGCUUAUUCCCUUACUGCUGCAGCUGACAGCUCGACUGCAGGGAGUACGUGCCCUUGGACAGGCAGGUUCUGACACGGGGGGCUCCGAGGAUGCAAAGAGGCAAACAAAAAAACAGAAGACGAGGCGGACGUGAGGUGAAAGGAAUGGUUGCACGAAGUGGUGCUCUCUCAAACUGGAGCCUGAGAAAGCCAAGCCACUAAGAUAACGUUUUUGUUGAAUUUGAGGACUUCGUGUUUCCAUUGUUGCUACAUGAGCGCCAUUUGUCACACUUGCUCCAUUUCGGUUGUAAAUUUU